AAAAAACAGCUGUUUGCUUGAUAAACUCUGAAAAAACAAGAUAAUAAACCACUCGAUGGAAAUUAAUUAAGAAAGAAGACGUACUAGUGUCCAAUUAAAGCAUCGAUUCCGCUACAAAUUCAGCAAUAUCCUUCGAAAAUGCCCAGUUUAUCUCAUCUCACCGAAAUCGUACCUGUUGAUGAAUUACUCGCCAAAGCGGUAACAGCUUUCCGUCAGCACUUCGACUGCAAUCCAGAAGUAGCUGGAAUUGCUCCGGGAAGAGUUAACUUGAUAGGAGAACAUACAGAUUACAAUGAAGGAUUCGUAUUUCCCAUGGCGUUACCCAUGGUAACAAUUGUAGUCGGUAAGAAGACAGGAUCGAACAAAUGCACCAUAAUUACCGCCAACGAAAACGUAGGAUCGAACAAAACAGUCGAGUUUCCAGUUCCAAACGAAACCAAUCCACUGGAAUGUGGCGAACCAAAAUGGGCCAAUUACGUUAAAGGAGUUGUGCAGUGCUUCAAAGGGCCAAGGGUUGGUUUUCAAGCUGCGAUUAUCUCCAGUGUACCGGUUGGUGGAGGUUUAUCGAGUAGUGCUGCUUUAGAGGUAGCCGUGUAUUCAUUUUUAGAAGGCUUAACGUCGACCAAAACCGAUACAAAAGAGAAAGCGUUAUUAUGCCAGAAAGCCGAACAUAUAUUCGCAUCGACACCUUGCGGCAUCAUGGAUCAAUUUGUCAGCAUCCAUGGCGAACAAGACUCUGCAGUUUUGAUCGAUUGCAGGUCACAAGACGUAACCAACGUACCAAUACCGAAAAGUGACAUAAAAUUCUUAAUAAUCAACUCCAACGUUCAUCACAACUUGGCCACCAGUGAAUAUUCCGUUCGACGACAAACGUGUGAAGAUGUAGCGAAAAAAAUGCAAAAGAAAAGUUUAAGGGAAGCUACUUUAACCGAUCUUGAGAAAUUGAAUUCAACCGGAGUAUUGACUGAAAAAAUGUAUAAACGUGCUUUACACGUUAUCAAAGAAAACGAUAGAGUAAUUCAAGCGACGAAAGCUUUGCAAAAUAAUUCACUCGACGAAUUUGGACUAUUGAUGAACGAAAGCCACGAAUCACUUAGUAAAGAUUACGAAGUGUCUUGUACAGAAUUGGACCAAUUAGUGGAUAUAGUUGGCAAAAUAGAUGGCGUUUAUGGGACUAGAAUGACUGGAGGUGGUUUCGGAGGAUGUACUGUUACUCUGUUGAAAUCUUCAGCAGUUGACGAAGUCAUCAAGAGUGUACAACAAAAUUACCAGAAAAAAGCUAGUUUCUACGUCGUCACUGCGUCUCAGGGAGCGAGAAUAAAAUAUUUGAAUUUCUAAAAUGUAAUCGAUAACUUUCCAUUCCAACGUAACUUAUUAUUACUGUAUAACUUUCAUUUUUAUAUAGUCCAAGUUGAUGUAUAUUUUUUUACAUUGAGUAUAUCUAUUUAUUUUUCCAAAGUUAUUUUACGAUAUUUUAAUGGAUUUAUCAAGUGUGAGUUUAGUUUUAGACUUUAGUGAAAUAUUUGCCAUAUUUGUUCAAUCAAACAUUCAUAAUAAAACACUGCCUUUAG